AUGAAGUUCUUCAGGAGCAUGGAUGUGUCAGUGGUGCCAGCCAACACUGUUAUUUAUCACAUCCUCGUUGAUUCUUAUUGUAAGAAUCAAAAAGUUUAUGCCUCAAUAGACCUCUUCAACGUGAUCCAAAAACAAUAUAUAUUGCCCAACGCCACUAUCUACACCUCCAUUUUCAAGGUCUUGAGGAUCAUAACAUGUCUGAUAAAGCUUUCGAGCUUAUGGAAGAGACGAGUUCACAGGGAUGCAAACCAAAAUGUGACAAUGGAUGUUCUUACAGGAUGGUUAACUGCUAUCAGCGAGACUGACUGA